CUAAUGUCACUCGUCCGACACAAAAGAUAAAACACUCGUACGCACUCAAUAAAUGUCCAUUUGAAUUAAUGAAGUUUAAGUGCAUUUGUAAUAUAUAGUUUUAGUUAUAAAAUGGCAGAGAAUAGGGAAGAGGUUCUUGCCAAUUUUCAGAGUAUUGCAGCUAUUGAUGAUGUCGCUGAGGCUAUUCUGAUAUUGGAUAAUUGCGAUUGGGAUCUUUUGGCUGCCAUCAACCAGGUGAUGCCAGUCGAGGAAGAUGCAGGAUUUAAUCACCUGAACAGGCCUCAAAAUGUCGAUGUUGUCGCAAAUACACCAGAAGCAAUUUUACCAGUUGUGAAUAAUUUUGAAAAUGCAGAACGACUAAAUAAUGAUAUUGCCGGUUCAAGUUCAUCAAAUUCGAAACCUUGGCAACCUAGAAAGACAUUACGAUUUCAUAUACAGCAUAAGAAUAAUCUCAUAGAAGUGGAAAUAUCUGAUUCAAACACUGUCGGUCAAUUAAAGAGUCAACUACACCCGAAAGUGGGCAUUCCGCCUUGUCAAAUGAUAUUGAAGAAUUGGCCGGAUGGUUUGAAGCCUUUGGAUGAAACUGUACUGUCGACGCUCAACUUGCCACAAGAAAAUAUAUUAAUGCUCACUGAUAUGCAGACAUUUGCAACAGAUGACUCAGAAGCCACGAAUAGACUAACACAAAUCUAUGGACUCGAAAUAAGGAAUCUGGAUUCAGAUGUUUGUUACAAUCUAAAUUUUCCGGGAACAAAAACCAUACUAGAAAUAAAAAAUGAUAUGUACACAUUAACCGAUAUACCUGCCAGGCAUCAGUGUUGGACAGGUUGGCCAAAAAUGUCUGAUCUCGAUUCGAUGAUGUUAUGUAUGAUUGGUUUAGAUUCACCAACUCACAAACUUACUGUUAAGAAAACACAAGCACCGUCGUCGAAUAGUAAAAACAAUAAGGGUACAUCAACAGCCUCAAAUUCAAACUACAAUUCAGCAGACCUCUCUCAAGAUUCUGACAACAGUUCGACAGCAGGCGAUGAGUUCUAUGAAGACGCUUCAGAAUCUUUCAAUAUCGAAGAAGACACAUUUAUCGAUCAGAUGUCAUCGAGGAGAAGUCAACCGUUGAUUCCUGAAGAUGUGGAUGAUGAAACGAUAGGAUCUUUGCACUUUUCGGAACGUUAUGCUAAUCGAUAUGGACCGAGGCAUCCUACAUUCUUUGCAGGUAGUUUAGAAGACGCAAUGAAAGAAGCUUGUCAGAAAUCUGCCAAGGAUAGAAAAUUAUUAGGAGUUUAUCUACAUCACGACAAAAGUGUUUUAUCCAAUGUUUUCUGCACACAACUGUUGGGUUUUGAAAGCGUCAUUGACGCACUCAGUAGACAUUUUGUAGUUUAUGGCUGGGAUUUCACAAAUCCCAAUAAUAGGAAUCUCUUUUUGUCAUCUCUGAGCGGGUGCCUCAAUUCACAGGCUGCUAUGCAAGUUCGUAACAUUGCCGUAGAACGUCUGCCUGCUUUUGUGAUUAUCAUGAGAACGAGGUCUAUUACUGAAAUUUAUACGAUAGUCAAUGGUAAUGUUGGCGUCAACGAGCUCAUGACUUCGAUUUUGGAGGCUGUUGAUAUUUUUACUGAGGGCGUUCGAUCUGAGAUAAGAGAGGAGGAAGAGAGAGCCGCCCGAGAGAGAGUCAAGUAUGAGCAGGACGAGGCGUACAGAGAGAGCCUGGAGGCGGACAGAGCGAAAGAGAGGGAACGAGCGCAGAGGGAGAGGGAGGAGCGCAGGGAAAGGGAGAGGCUGGAGGCGGAGCGAGAGAAGGCGCUGAGAGAGAGGGAAGAGAGGAAGGAGAAGGUGAAGAAGCAGCUGCCGCCUGAGCCGGAGGAUGGAGGAAGCGGUGAUGGUAUUACAAAAAUAAGGAUACGACUGCCAACCGGUAGCUUUGCCGAGAGGCGUUUUCUAAUCACGACAGAAUUAAAAGUAUUAUUGGAUUACAUGAUAGUUCUUGGAUACCCAAGCGAGGAUUAUAAAUUUAUUUCGAGCUGGCCAAGGAAAGAUUUAACAACAAUCGACCCAGUAUCGACACUUCAAGAACUGAAACUGUAUCCUCAAGAAACUGUAAUCAUCGAAGAGCGCUGAUAAUGUGAUGAUCCUGAUAGUGUUAGAGACUAAACUAAAGUCCCCCCCAACCCAUCAGACCAUUAUUAUUAUCGAGCCAAACGAUUAAAUUUACUUUAUCUCAAUUAUGAAAUAUCAAAACUGCGCUGGUUGUAAUUUGCCAAACAAAAUUGAUCAAAAACAAAAACGAGUGAAAUAUUUUUUUACGUGUGAACUGUCUCGUUUGAUUCGUCUUUUAUAUACUGUUGUUGAUUAUGAUGAUUUUACCCUUUUUUUUUUGGUUAGCUUAGGGAGACUAGGC